GCAGCGUUGGCAAAGCAAAUUGCAGAAGAAGAAUUUAACGGUUCCCGGUUGUUGAAGCGCUCCCGUCUCCACGGUGGCUUCCAACUUGUUUUGGACUAGCUGUACUGUACCACAAAUCAAGCGGCUGUCUAUUCCACGCACUUCACCCAACGCUAGCUAACGCACCUGCGAUGCUUGUCCCACGAGAAGCUAACGUUAUGUGUUGACAUCUCACCUCAUUACGGACCGUUACUGCGACCAAAGGUAACGUUCAGGUGUUUUUAUAUUUGCCGUUUAUUCGCACACCGAGUAACACGGGAUAGCUCGGUUAGCUAGCUGCGACUCAAGUUAACGAACUCGCGUGACCCAGCGCUAACUAACGACAAUGGUCAAAGCUAGCUGACCGUAGCUAACGAGAGCGAAGAUGUUUACUCUUGCUAGCUGAUCUAUUGACAGAAAACGCUGAGUAGAAGACGUAGCGUUAGUUAACUACACUUCAGAAGCCCAUAAUAACACAUUUAAUAGAUCCGACCCUGAACUAGUCACGUUACCCCCUCGUGUGUAUGUUUCGUGAGCAUGAAACGUCACAGUGAACGAUGAGGUUCACACAGAUUUCAUGUCAGUCGCUUUCACUCUCUGCACGAGAGAACGUGAAGUGAAGCGCGAGAUCUAACGGCUCUGUAACGCAACAGAAGAUACGCACGUUAACAUCUUACCUCGUAAAACAUGUCUUAUGGCGUUCACUGAGUCCUCGACGUACGAUGUGAACCAAACCAUCCAGAACUUUUUCCCCAAUAAAAAUGAUGACACCUUUUUGAAAUGGACUCUGUUGGCUCGCUACCGCCCCUCGCGGUGUGUUUUGAUUGAGACACGCUGUGUGAGACCCGGCGUGAUGGAGGAGGGCUCUGAGGUGACGGAGGAUAUUGUAUUUCGAGGAGUGGAGUUUUCUGUGAAGGUAGAGGUGGACAAGGGUUUGCUGAUAGUCGAAAUCUCUGAUGCAAUGACAGCGGAUCAAUGGAGAGGGGACUUUGAUCCAGCAUACAUUGAGGACCUCACCCGCAAAACUGGCAACUUCAAGCAGUUCCCCAUUUUCUGCAGCAUGUUAGAAUCGGCUGUUAGAAAGAUGAGUGAUUCGGUUACACUUGACCUCUUGACCUACGCUGACCUGGAGCUGCUACGUAACAGAAAAGCCGGAGUGGUUGGUCGUCCUCACGGCCAUCAGCAGUCCUCUGUCCUCACUGCCAAAAGAUACCUAAUCCUCAUAUACACCGUGGAGUUUGACAGGAUACACUACCCCUUGCCGCUGCCCUAUGUGGGUAAGCCCGACCCGGCCGCCCUGCAGAAGGAAGUCAGAGCUCUUAAGGCCGAGCUCAGCACCGUCUCCUCUCAUGGAAUCAACAAAUCUGCAGAAUUAGAAAUACAACGGCUACGAGCAGAGCUGGCUCUGGUGAAAAAAGAAAAGGAUGCGAUGGCUAAGGUCCUGGAGCGGCUGCAGAGCAGCGGAAGUGGUCCCGCAGCUGGACGAGAGGACUGGCGGGUCAGAGACGUGGUGAGGACGCUGGAGGAGCAGCUCGUCAAGGAGAGGGCCAAAGGUCAACGCUCGGCGAGCAAGAGAUGCCAGGAGCAGCGACUCCUAGUGGAGCAGUUCGAGGACCUGAGAGCAUCGGAGUGCGCUCUCCGCAUUCGGGUCAAGAAUCUCACCAGUGAACUGGCGUUCCUACGGAGAGGGUUAGACAAUCUAAUCAUCAGAGUGACUCCGGUGUCCGGCCGCGUCAGUUCUCGGGCUGACGUGGAAAUCUAUCGCUCCGUCUCCCGCGAGAGGCGGUCGGGGUACGGGACGGUCAGGGCUCGCUCGGGGUCCAGAGAACAGACGGACGACAGAGGUCAGAGGUCAGAGGAAAGAGGCAGAAGAGCGGACUCCUCGGGACCUCGCGCUCACAUACCCAGGCCGUCACCGUCUCCCACUGGGUCCCGGGUACAACGCUUUGACCCAACUGCUUACAUCCAGGACAGGCAGCGCAGGCUGAAAGAUGCAGAUCUCAAAAAACAUAGGAAGGCACGGAGGGACAUGCUGACGUCUCCCACAGUCCCUGAGAGGGGGCGUUCCCGGUCCAGAGAGGCCUAUCCUCAGAUGGCCCGGUCUGGCAGCAGAGGCAGGAGUCUAUCGGUGGACCGGCGAGGGAGCAGGAACUCCUCCCAAAGCUCAUUAGUGGAUAUGGAGGAAAUGGCCCAAAAUCUGUUCAGAGGAAGAAAACAGACUUACAAUGGACCCAAUGCGUCCAGAGGAGGCCUUUUGACCAGGAAGCCAUUUUGCAGUACUCCAACACACAAAGACAGCUCCUUAGAUACAGGGGCCGAGCUGUCCGAGAUCGAUGCCAGGCUGUUGGCCCUUCAGGACUACAUGAGGGACCUGGAUACAGGACACUAACCGCUGCACAGCCAGCUGCUCGAGUCACUCGACAACUGCACAGCUAGAAGCUCAGGCCAUCUUUUUGUUUUUAUUUUUCACGGUGGCCAGAUUGGAGGAGCACAUUGAGCUUCAUGUUGGAGACUAAAACUUCCAGGACUUCAGGGAACUACAGCCUUCACUGUGAAGGACUCCUUUUUUUUUUUUUCUGGACUGAAAAUAUUAUUUUUUUAAUAUACUAAGUUUUUAUUAAUUAACUUAAGAGGACCGUGUGUGACUGGAGUGUUUUUCUUUAUUUAUUUAUUUUUACACCAAACUAAUGUAACUCGUUCACAUGGACGGAAGAGUCGGCAGUAGCUCAGUCCGUUAAUGUUUUUUCAUCCUUUACUCGCUGGUUGAUGUUUUCCAUGUUGUGGAGGUUUUUCUCUCCCUGUGAGUGUCAUCUCUUCUUUCCUAAACGCAUUAAGUAAAGCAACUAUUUUAAAGUGACAUGUCAAUGGGUGUGAAUGUGAUCAACAUGUUGCCGUCUCUUCUGUCCCGUGCAUGUUAAGAGUACCCUCCAGGUAGUGGACCUGACUGACUGCACGCAUGUCAUCGUGUCUAGAUUUGGUGGUUAAAUGUCAUUCCAGCAUUUUCUAUCCAUGUGUUGUAAAGUACAUUGAAAUGUUUUUCCACGGUUUGAACCAAAGUAGACCCAAUUUCCCUUUGAGCUCAUAUCCCAAAUUCAAGCAUAAAGGAUAUUAAUCUUGGAAAACGUUUGUGUAAGGAAUACUUGUAUUUAUGUGUACACAUAAUUCAUACCACUUUCAUGGAGAUCGUGCAUGCAACUGUAUGAACGCAACACGUUUUGUUAAGUGAAACUGCCACAUUUUCUAUGAAUUGCUGUAUGUGUAUGUGCACAAAGACUGUUACUCCCAUUUCUCUCCAGUCUAAUGCCUUUUAAACCACCUAAAAAUAUAAUUUAUAACAAAUGAUCAUGUUUCCUUACAUGUUUCAACGCACUGCUGUCGGGUGAAGUGGAGCUUGAGGGGAACCUUGAAGGCUUUACACCACUGCAGCUGGCUCGCUGCAUUAAUUAACUAAUAAAGUUACGGGCACGGAGCUUCCUCUCAGGGGCUGAACAGCUGCUCUGUUUCUACCAGCAGUCAUUUAUGUCAUGAAGACGUGAAUGUAGCACGCAAGCUGCACACAGUCACAACAUUUAAGCUAUAUAUGCACAAAAUAUGAAUUUGGUUUUAGAGGAAGAUAUUCAAGAAAAAUUGUUUUCCUUACAAAAAGUUUCAAAUUCAUUGUCCUGCACAAUUCCAGCAGAACUCCUUCACAACCGGAAACCGAUAUAAUCACUAUUAACACUCCUGCUAUAUAAAACAUAACUCUGUCAUGGGCUGUUACUGGUUCACAAAAAUAACACAUUU